CUGUGAACGAUCUUUGCUUGUAGCCUCGUCAACAGCUACUGCUAGCAUUGAUUAGCUAAACAUAACAAUACGGCGUCAUUGUCGACGUUAGGAAUGUGAAGACAAUUAAUGAGCUGAAAGACAUUGAAAAGCUGACAAGUUCAAGUGGACUAUGAGGGAUGUUUUGUGACACUCAUGGAGGAAUAAAAGAUAACGGAUGGAAACCCAGAGGAGGUGCUCUGGAGAUGACGGUGAAGGAGAGAGAGGCCUGCUACACACCUGGAAAGGCUACUCUUACAGUGUGGCCCCUGAGAGACUACUUCUUCCCCAGUCUGUUCUCCAGGUUGCUCUGGGUAGAAAUCAUGGAGUCUUGCUGGUGGAAGGUGGUCAGGUGUUCACUUUCGGGCAUCUGCCAUGGAAGCAAAGUCAAACGGCGGAGUUUACGGCUCCCACUUUAGAGAGCGCACUGAGUGGACAGCGAGUUGUUGCUCUGGCCGCUGGGAGUUUCCACAGUGGGGCGGUGACAGAGGAUGGUGGCGUCCAUAUGUGGGGGGACAACAGCGCGGGACAGUGUGGUUUGUUGGGCCUCAGCUCCGUUCCCAACCCGACUCCAGUCGCUCUACUGGACUCAGACUGCAGCCCCCUGCAGCACACUGUACCGGUCCUGGAGCUUGCCUGUGGGGAGCAGCACACUCUGGCACUCUCGGUCCAGCGGGAGGUUUGGGCUUGGGGAAGUGGUUGCCAGUUGGGCCUCAACACCACAGUUGUUCCAGUCUGCAAACCACAGAAGGUUGAACAACUGGCUGGCAGGUUUGUACUUCAAGUGAGCUGUGGCGCCUUGCAUAGUCUGGCUUUGGUUCGCUGCCUCACCCCCCAGGAUGUCAAGCGGCCCCCUGCAGACAAAUGUGGGCAAUGUAAGCAGCUGCUAUACACCAUGACUGACAAAGAGGAUCACGUCAUCAUUUCUGACAGUCACUACUGCCCACCUGGAUUACAGCAGCCUGAAGACGUUGGAAGGCUUGAGGUGUCCUUAUCUACUACUCUCCUCAAGACUUCUCCAUCAGAACCCACCCUUUCUUCCCAAACACCCGCCUCACCUCCAGCACCUGUCAACAACAAUGACCCCUCCCAAAAUUUGGACAAACAAGAGUCAUGCUUGGCUGAGGAGGGGCUAGCUACGUUGAACUUUGACCUCCCUGGGGCACAGUGCAGUCAGGCAGCAAGUGCCAAAUGUUCACCUUAUCCAGAUGAGCAGGCCGUCAAAGAUUACCUGCAGAAGCUCUUAGAUAACACUCAGGGUGAAAAAACACCAAAGGUGACAAAGGGAGGACUGCAUAACCUGCUGCCAUCAGCAUCCGGACUUAUCGGCACCUCUUCUACAAACGCCCUCAACAAUCUGGUGGCCUCUUGCGCCUCGGCAGUGGGUGAGAGGGUCGCCUCCACCUACGAAGCCUUGUCCCUCAAGAAAAUGAUGAGCCUCUACCUUCCUGGAACGUUAAGAUCGGGUGGGCCAGUCAGUUUUACAGGAGAUGUUCCCAGAGCUGGUGAGAACACCCCCGAACAUGUUCACCAAGAGGACUCCAUGCAGGCCAAGAAGAGUUCCAGCACAGGAGAUAUUCGUGAAGAGGAUGCAGAGCACAUGCAGCGCCGCCUCUCGCUCCCGGGACUCCUCUCACAGGUGUCUCCACGGCUGCUUCGUAAAGUCGGCCGUUCUAAGACGGGCGCUGUGCCUCUGACACCAUUGGGAGUGUCAGACCCUGAGGCCCAGGAGGUGCUGCCCACCCUGCAGACGGAAGUGUGGAGCUGGGGCCAUGGCGGUCAAGGUCAGCUUGGGCAUGGAGACAACCUGGACAGAUUACAGCCACUUUGCAUCAAAAGUCUCAACAAUAAGGAGGUGGUGCGAGUGGCAGCCGGCGCUCAUCAUUCCCUCGCUCUGACUGCGCAGUCACAGCUGUUCUCGUGGGGAAGUAACAGCCAUGGUCAACUGGGCCAUAUGGAAUCCCCCAGCACUAUCCCUCGGCUAGCCAAACUGUCAGAGGGAAUCCGGGUUUGGGAUGUGAGUGCCGGAGUGCGACACAGCCUGAUGCUCGCUGAUGGAGACUGCAUCCAGCCCAUCAUUUAUUACAGUGGAGAGCAGGUGAAGGAGGACACAGUAGAGUGUGGCACACAGGAAGACAGGGAGGAGCCAUCUGAAGGAUACACUCAGCAGCCGGUGCUGCUUCCCUUUUGCAUGAAUUUGGGAUUUGUAAGCACCGUCUUUUCUGGGGGCCGGCGGUGUGUUGCUCUGUCAGACAAAAACGUGAUGGGCUUUAUCGCCAGCCUCCAUGAGCUGGCAUCAGCAGAGAGGAGGUUCUACUGCAAACUGUGCAACAUCAAAACACAGAUCUUACGCCCGCUGCUGGAAUUGGGUAAAAUUAACACGGAUAGGAUUUUUUUUUUCCCUAUCAUGAUUGUAAUAGUUGAAUCAAUGUGUUUCCUAGAAUUGCUGAGCGCUACUCUUGGUACGGUCAAUUUUGGGCUCCUACAGACGCUUGCCAGUCGAUUCUGGCACUUGUGUCACCUGACCGGGCAGCAUGCGGUCAGGGUGACCGCCGGCCUGCGACACAGCCGCAAUGUUAAAAACCUACCUAUCCUUGAGCACCCCAGCAUCUUUCUGGACUCUUACAAUGAGUACUGUAGCACUUUGGCGGACUUCCAUGUGAUGGGAGGCCUCCUAGCCAUGACUAAACCAGUACUAGAUUUUUUUGGAAAGAGUCAUGAGCUGCUCCAAAGGUUGGCUGAGUGCACUGAGGAAAACCUCGCCAUUCCCGACAUCUUGGUGGCGCUCUUUAGCCUCCCUAUGAACCAUCUUCAAGAGUACGGGCGACUGCUUCUCAAACUGGCCACUUGCUUUGAAGUGUGCUCUGAUGAUUAUCAGCGGCUGCAGGACAGCUGCUCAAAGUUUGAAGCUUUGGCCCUUCUGCUGAAGAAGAAAUUAAAGGAAGCUGAGUUCACUUUUCUCUUCUGGAAGAGCUUUCCUGGCAAGAUGACGGACUCACUGCGAAAGCCUCACCGCCGUCUCAUUUGUGAGAGCAGCAACAAAGCUCUGACCCUGCAGAACUCAGGGAGGUUCUCAGUCAACUGGUUCAUCCUUUUUAAUGACGCGCUUGUCCAUGCACAGGGUGUGGCGCCUUAUAAAAACCUUUUCUCAACGCAUCAUGUGUUCUCCUUGGCCACUUUGUGGGUGGAGCCGAUUUCGGAGGACAACGCUGGCCUUUAUGGCCUUAAAGUGAUCACACCAGAAGAGAUGUUCACCCUGCUGGCCAGUUCCCCUAUGGAGAAGGCGAAGUGGAUCCGCUGCAUCAACCAGGCGGUAGAUCAGGCCCUGAACUUUGGUGAGGGACAAAAGUUUGAGCCUCCCAUUUCUAGGAGCGCUACCUACACGUUUUAUAAGGACGGCCGACUAAAAGACGCAACCUACGAGGGUCGCUGGCUGGCCGGCAAGCCCCAUGGCAGGGGUGUGUUAAAGUGGCCGGAUGGGAGGAGUUACACAGGGUCAUUCAAGAAUGGACUGGAAGAUGGUUUUGGCGAAUUUGUGGCUCCGAAUAAGACCGUGAACAAGAACGAUCACUAUCAAGGUCACUGGAAAGAUGGCAAAAUGCACGGCGUGGGCACACACAGAUACGCCAAUGGCGAGAUCUACGACGGUUCCUUCCAGGACGGUUUGCGGCACGGCCAUGGAAUGCUUCGCAGCGGCAAGCUCAACACCUCCUCCCCCAGUGUCUUCAUAGGCCAGUGGGUGCACGACAAGAAGACUGGCUAUGGCGUGUUUGACAACAUCACUAAAGGGGAGAAGUACAUUGGCAUGUGGCAGGACAACCAGCGACAAGGCACCGGGAUCGUGGUCACACAGUUUGGGCUUUACUACGAAGGAUCCUUCAAAGACAAUAAGAUGAUGGGUACUGGGAUCUUGCUGUCAGAGGAUGACACAACAUAUGAGGGAGACUUCUCUGAUGACUGGACCCUCAACGGCAAGGGAGUGCUGUCGAUGCCGAAUGGCGACUACCUGGAGGGCUCCUUCAAUGGUGAAUGGGGACUCGGCCCAAAAGUGAUCGGCUCCUACUUCAAGCCACAUCUAACUGAUAACGAAAAGGAGAAAACUCGCUCUGUAAAGCUGGGUCGACUGUGUGUGUGCGCUGAGGAGAAGUGGCAGGCAGUGUUUGACGAGUGUUGGAUUCAGCUGGGAUGCGAGGCCGCAGGCCAGGGAGAGAACUGGAAGGCAUGGGAGAACAUUGCAGUUGCCCUUACCACUAGCCGGCGACACAUCCAGGACAGGUACACACAUGAAACACACUUUUUGUUUUUAAAGCGCAGACGUGUUUAUUCUUGUCUUUCUGUUACUUUCAUCAGUCCAGAACGUCUGUCUCUGAGUCACAGCAGGACAUUGGAGAGUCUAGAAGUCAUCCCUCAACAUGAAGGACCCAUCACCAUGGAGCGAUAUCACGCUAUCCGCCUUUACCUCGUCAAGGCAUGUGACACCUCGUUGCACCCACUCGGCCGGCUGGUGGAAGCCCUGGUGGCAGUCUACAGGAUGACGUACGUUGGCGUCGGAGCCAAUCGCCGGCUCCUCCCACAAGCUGUCAGCGAGAUCAAAUCCUAUCUGAACCGCAUCUUCCAGAUUGUUAGGUUUCUGUUCCCAGACCUGCCAGAAGAGGGCGGUGUAAUUAAAGAGCCAACCACUGACUUUCAGGGCGGGAAGGACUCAGGCUUGAAACUUGAAAGUUUGCCCGAACAUGAAGAUUUAAAGCAGAACAUUAUUACGGAGCAGUCAUCUUUCCUUCUCAGCCACAUGGUGAGCAGUUCAGCUCUGCUGCUUCCUGUCCUGUUGCCCCGCCUCUAUCCGCCACUCUUCACCCUCUACGCUCUGGACAAGGAGCGAGAGGACGAUGUCUACUGGGAGUGCGUCCUCCGUCUGAACAAGCAGACUGACCUGGCACUGCUUGCUUUUCUGGGUGUCCAGCAGAAGUUCUGGCCCGUUUCUAUCUACAUACCACCAGCACCAGCACCAGAGAAGAGGCAAGAGGUUCUGUCCAGCACUAAGGACGCCUGCUUUGCCUCAGCAGUAGAAACUCUGCAGCAGAUUAGCACCACCUUCACCCCGUCCGACAAACUACAGGUGAUCCAGCAAACCUUCGAGGAGAUCACAAAGGAAGUGCAAUCACUGCUGAAGCAGGAUUUCCUGUGGUCCAUGGACGACCUAUUUCCUGUUUUCCUCUAUGUGGUGCUGCGUGCUCGAAUCAGGAACCUUGGGUCCGAGGUCAACCUGAUUGAAGACCUGAUGGAUCCAUGUGUCCAGAAUGGAGAGCAUGGAAUCAUGUUCACCACUCUGAAGGCCUGUUACUACCAGAUCCAGCGUGAGAAGAUCACUUAAUGCAGUUUUGUGUUGGUGCUUCUCCCACAACACCCUAUCACCGGGGCUGUUCCAGACUGACACACAUAUGCCGGAGCCUAUGGGAACCAAGGGAUCAGCUGAUGUCAUCGAGCAUUACAUCUCCCGCUGAUACGUAGGCACGGCCACCGAGUAGCUGCCGUGAGUGCUGUUAUGUCCACGGAUGCAACAACUGUCCAGAUGAAUCCAUGACGCACUGUUUACCUGAAAGUGCCAACUGACUUUAUUUCACUCUUCUGUCAAUCCCUCUUUUAGUUUUCAUUCUGUAAAACAGGACAAGUCACAUUCAAGCACACAGUAGUGAUAGAUCAUUCAUUUGUUAAUCAGAUAAUUAAACAAUUUGUUAAUUUAGUAGUUAGACAGGAAAGAUGAGGAUGGACGACAUCCCCCGUUGUUGCCUUUCCUUACCUAAUUCCUGUUGUUGCAAGUCAGUGCACCCUGACGUACCAAAAAGUGGCGCCAAACUUACAAUUGGAGCGUAAAGGAAGUUACUCACCUGCAAACGUUGUUCAAGCCAUGUUCAUGACCCCUUGCUCUGAUUAAUGUUCUUUCUGCGAGGGGUUUGCAUCUCCUCUUGUUGUGUUGUAAAAGGGCUUCAGAGGGAUCACCGACCGCUGAUUUAAUAGUUAAAGUGAAUUCUUUUUGGCACUUUAUUUCACUUUUUGUUUUAAUCUUACCUGUAUGGACUGGUGCAUGUGUGAUGAUAUAACGGUAAUGUGAAAUUUUACCAAUGCUGUGGUUAAAAUGACUUUGAGGUUUUUUGCUGCUAAGCUACUAAAGCUUUAUACUGACGGACUUGUUUAUGAAGCAAACUCUUUCACAAGGAAACUGACAAUAAUCCUGUCAUUAUUUUGUUGUUGCAUCCAUGUCCAACACUUGUUACCUUUCAAGUCAUGACAGGACAAAAUAUUAAACAGAGUUGAUGUUU